AUGGCUCUCGACAUCUCGCUCAUUUUCCGUGCCGUCAACAUAAUCGCAGCCGUGUUUAUCAUUGUCGGUGGCGUGAGCACGAUUAUCAAAGGUUUUCCCAAUUUCAUCCAGGGUAUCUUUUGCAUCAUCUUUGGUGCAGUGACCGUUCUCUUUGAAUUCAAACUUCCAAGUCAAAUCACGCGUUAUGCAUCUUUCAUGUUUGGAUUUGGUGGACGUGCCAUAUUUUACAUUUUCAUUGGUGGUAUCACUUUGAAUUAUGGACCCUUGUCGAUCGCUUGUGGUGUUAUUGUGCUUCUUAUCGGCGUGGUUUAUCUAGUCUUGGAAUUUGUCCCUGGCAUUCAGACACCCACCAAUAUGCAAAUGGAAGCGUUUGAGCAGUCUCUUGGCUAUAACAGCGUACGAACUACAGCUCCAAUGCCACAACAAAAUGCUGGUGUUCCACAUGAGUACGAUAGUGCUCAUGCAUCUGAAGCAGCAGCUAGUCCUUAUCCUACCAAGACCUACGUGUCCGAUGGUGCCGUUGUUUAA